AUGGGUAUUUGUGCUUAUGAUAUUCCAACAUUCAAUCAGCUCUCAGCCGAAAAAACCAUCUGUUCUUCAGAACCCCAAAAUACAAUAUCCUCUACACAAGUAGAGCGUACAUCAAAAUUCGAUUUUUCAGACAUACCAUUUUCCCUAAAAGAACUGUUCACAAGUAAUCCAACGAUUCCUCUACCAAAAAUAGAAAAAGAAAUAAGAGAUCGUGAAAGAAACUGCAUUUUUGCAAAAAAAUCAAUUUCAAAGGCUUUUAAGCACAUCUCAAAAGAAGGGAUAAACAAGAAACUAAGUUUGAUGCAAUUUAAAAGAGCUCUUUAUGAGCUUGGAAUAAAUCCUAAAAUACUUGAGGAUCCUGAUGACCCAAUGUGACUGUUUCUAUUUUCUUUCCAAGAAAAUUCAUUAUUUGAUAUGAGAAAAAUUAUUGCCUCAUUCAUUUUGAUAUCUGAUUCAGAGUUGAAGAAAAAAAUUAAAUUUUUAUAUUUAUUAUAUGAUGAAAAUGAGAAUAGAGUUUUGGAGCAAAAUGAGAUAAGGAGCAUGCUAUCAGAUUUAGCUGAAGUUAGUGUUGAGUGUUUGCCUUUAUUGGUAUCAAAUGUAGAAAGCAGCGAAGAGUUGUCAAAAUAUAUGGUAUUUAUGAGGAUUGAGAAAGAGAGACUAAUUGAAGAGGCGUCAAAAACACUUUUGGGUAAUUUAACUGAAGUAGGAAAUGUUGAGUUGAUAGGCAUUCUUCAGAAUAGCAAUGAUUGGUUCAAAAUUUUCAGGUCUGAAGGCUUAAGAGAAACAAUAUUGGAAAAAUACAAACUCCCGGAGAAUCCUCAAUAUUUGGAGCAAUUUCUUACUUAA